AGCCACCAACCUCCAGAAUACCACCAUUAUUACCUGUUCCGGCGCAGGCUGUCUCUUGCUGUUCCUGUAGAUAUUGAUUAGUCAAGACGAAACUGAGCUCACUCACUCACCGACUCUUUCGGUCUCUGUACUGCGAUGGCCGGAAACAGCAAUGUUCUCACACUCCACUAUAGCUGACCAUUCGGUCCGUCAUGCCUUAAGUAUCUAGGCGAGUACCUAGGCGGAGACAUUGGUCUUCAGGCAUGAAACUUCCCCUGCUUGAUCCUGUUGAAUGCACUUGAGGCACGGCCAUGCCAGUUCAGUAUGAGUCGCCUCGAAAAGCUCGACGACGUAGAAUCGCAAAACGAGGAUGCCUCAAGAGACCUGACAUGGUCCACUAUACUGAAAUGGGGUGCCAUCACCUAUACCAGCAUGCUAAUUGUGUUCAUCAGCGUAUGCAGCUGUUAUCCUUCCCUCAUUGAAGUAGGGCUGCUUUCACUGCUAUCCCACAGACGCUCCUCCGGCCCCUUUCUUGCGUAUUCCCACGAUGUUGGUCCUUUUGAGAAACCGGCGGGGUUUGACAUCGUUGCACUGGUACCCUACAAGCAUCAUGAGCAGACGUCUGUUUUGGACUGUUAUCUGCAGAAAAAUCUUGUCAACAAUCAUGGGUUCCUAGACAAAGUGAUUUUUAUUCCGCAGUCGAAUGAUACAGCGAGUCUCGAAUGGCUGGCCUCGAUCGUCCAAGAGACGUCCGCCUACAGCAUUUGGACAUCACCGGCUGACAUUUACCGGGAAACGAAUAGUCGUACGCUGUUCGUCUGGCUGGACGGCGAUAUCGUCUUUCUGGAAGACCACACCAUUCCAACCAUUGUCAGAACAAUGCUCGACAAUUCGGAUUCAUUAGUGGUCUCCGCAAAUGUCAUCAACCAGGCAGCUCUUGAGGCACUUCACAGUCAUUCUGGGGUUGUUUUGCCCUACCUCCCAGAACUUCAUCAGGCUUCGGCAGCUGCGCAACUACCACCUGCAGCAGACCUGGAUUGGCGUACUUCAAAUCUUCCAGCGUGGACCGGACCAAAAGAUUUCCGAGUCCUAAAAGGAUUCGCUCCGCCCGGCAACAAGCAUCGCUGGCUCCUUUCAGAUGAUGAACAGGUCGACCGGACUCCGAUCAGCACAUCCAUGUAUACCACUGAUGGACCGGGCUUUACUGAUUGGACUGUCAAAGCUCAACAGCAUUACUCGUUCCUGCAUCACCUUGAAUUGGACGAACUUUACCGAUACAAGUUCCCCAAGUGGAGCAAUCCUGCAGAUAUCAGCCCGAAUCUUCUGUGCUUCUGGGAUGCUGAUGCGAAUGCGUUGCAGUCCAGCAUCCUGCACGGUAGUUCGUACCUACCAUUCGGAUCCGUCGAGAAUGCGACUAAUCCCACAAAACGCAUCAUUAUCGAUGGCAAAGGGUUGGCGGCACAUUACUCGGCGGACGCAGGCGCCGAGGAUCUGGACUCUACUGAUAUUCUUCAACGGUACGGGGCCUACGCGAAAGAAAUGAUUUGUCCAAAUGUUUCCUGAGGUCUAUCUGCUAAGCAACUCGUGUACCGGAGUAAUGGAUCGGUCACGCAUCAUUGAUUGUCAUGUCAUCUAUACAGACUUGAUAUAAGAUAGUUAUACCUUGUUUAUAGACUUAAUUCUCUUCCAAAACAGAUAAACGACGCCAACCGUCAGGUCUAACCAGCACGGUCUAAGAUUUGGCAUGUAAAC